CAAGUACGCGACGCGAGGAAGCAGCAGUAGAUCAAUCGAUACGGAUAUUGUUCUAAAUCUAACCCUAGUACGGAAACAAAAUUAGAAUACGUAAAUCGUCAAACAUCCCGAUCAAAAAUAUGGGUUGGCUGACCCGGCAUCUUCUAGACGCCGCGGGGGCUUCUAUCGUCCCGGAAGACCACGCUGAUCUUCAAGUGGAGAUCCCGAGGUGGACUACAACUACGGGUGGCGUAACUACUUGGAGACGAGGCCGCAACAGUUGUUCAACAAGCUUUGCGGCCCCAUCAAGAAGUGCCUCGCUCCCUUCUGUCCCUGCGCCGUUGGCGCCUUGGUGUUCUGCUUCGGCCCCAUCAAGUAGAAGAUCUGACAAAUCGGCAAAGACAUCUUCUUUUCUCAUCCUGGAAAAAAACCGUUCCUUGAUUCCGCGACCACCGCUGGAGGAUGCUGGUCAGGACGACGAUGACGAGGAGAACAGUUCCGCCGCGCUUUCCGAAACCCAGUGCAACCUCGGGACCACCUCCAAGGACGUAGAUUCUCUCCUGCGGAAAAACCGGUUAACGGACACGAUGCAAAUUGCCCACGCGCCGCGCCUAUCCUGUGCAAAAGUAUCGUACGCGGAUUGCAAUCAUGCAUUACAAAUCUUUUUCUUAAGGUAAAUCUGCAUUACAAAUUUUAUUUCUCAUGCUGACGAAAUUUGUAAUGCAUUUAUAGUUAUACGAGUGCGAUGCUUUUGCAGUUCAUAGCGCCAGAACGACAUCAACUACCGCAUGCUGUUCGGUACGGAGACGUGGGUUUUUUACCCGGGCUAUCCAGUGUACUAAAAACCUCCCCAGCACCCCAGAGAAGUUGUCAUGCAAAUCUGCAAGGUAAAAAUGUUUCUUAUGUGGGGCCCCAUGAAAAGCAUUUGCUAGUCGUAUUUUGGAAUUGGUGAUGCUCGAAGCAGCAUGGUAUGCUAGAUCUGUGAUUCUGCUGGAACUAGCUAAACAGGAUUACACAACGAGGCCAAGCUUGUCAUGCGCAGCGCCCAAAGCUGAGAAAUUUGCCUAGCAGAUUUGGCAUCUUGAGUACGAGGCGGGGACGUUUUUGCAUAGCAUACGGGCAAAAAGGGCGGAAAGAUUUUCGAGACCGUGUGCGACGACACCAGCAAGGAGUUCUGCUGGCAGAAGGCACGUAUGCGGUGUCAAAGAUAACGAUAUCGUACUUUGCGGUACAAGUGCCAAUCCUUGCAACGAGAACAACCCUUCAUGUAUUUCAUCGAUCUUGUUCUGUCAAGAAGAAAGCUGCGUAGCCUGUAUCUCAUCGGUCUAGAAACUGCGUUUGCUUGUAGAAGUUUUGCAGCACUACAGUGUUGGUUCAGCAACAAAUUGAAAUUUGUCUUGCAAGAAUCUCUAGUAGAACCACUAAAGUCCGAUAAUACUAUUUUGCAAUGCAUAGCACGAAUUGUGAACGAUUUGCAAAACACGGACCCGGAGACGACGGACUGCUAUCCUGUGCAAAAGUAUCGUACUCGUAGUAAUCGCAGCCAUGCAUUACAAAUGUCCAUCCAAAGGCAAAACAGCAUGACAAAUUCGAUUUGUCAUGCUGGGCUAAUUUGUAUUGCAAUUACUACUAGUACGAUAAUUUUGCAGUUCAUAACUGCAACCUGGACGGGAAAAACGGCCAAGGCCGGUGCAUCCACGUGCUGUGGCGUGACGGAGGCGACCAGUAUCCGUACACCUGCCCGAGCUGGAUCCGCCACCCGUUUAACUGGGUCCCGUGCCGAGACCAUGGGGUCAAGGAGGACGAGGAUCCGAACGUGUUCAAGCACGACCCGGUGAAGGCAGAGGACUGGCAACCGUGUUAUCCCAGAUGGAAAAAAACUGUGUUUAGUACAGUAGGUGUCUUGUUGGGAUGACAGCACGACAAAUCUGCUCUGCAUGACAGACAAGAAAGCGUGUCACGCACAGCUAGUAUCGGUGAAUACACGACAAAUGACGAGAUAGUAGGACUUCAUGGCUGGCUAGCAUGACAAGUGUAACUGUGUUGCAUGCUUUGCAAUUGCAUUUUACAGACUUACUGCAAUUACACAAGUAUUUUCUCCUCGCAUUCGUGUCCGCAGAAGUUCAAAAUGAUCGAGCCGGACAACCCCGGGGGAGAAGUGGAUCUGGCGAGAUGGUACGACAAUGCGAUUCGGAAGAAAAAGGAGUGCGAGUUCGACGACGACACGCACUGUCUGUGGGUCCCGGGGAAAAAGUUGCGGGAUGCGAAAGACGAGAAAGACGUGGCGGUGGAUGAAUUAUGCAUUGCAAAACAUGCAUUACAAAUAAGGUAAAUCCGCACUAUAAAUUAUUCCAUUUUUCAUGCUGAGGAAGGUUGUCAUGCGGUUCAUACUACUUUAGGACAAUUUGUCAUGCUGAGGAAAUUUGUCAUGCGGUUUUUGCAAUGCAUACGAAUCAGACGACGACCCGACCGUGUUGAAAGAUGAAAACGGCAACGUUCUCGGGCCAGAUGGAAAGCCGGUCGUGAAGAUGAAAGCGGACGGGGGUUCCGAUGAAGGUGCAGCAGAAGAGAAAAAGGAAGAGACCCCUGCAGAACAGAAAACCGGUGAUGAUGAAAAUAAAGGUGAAAUAAACAAGGAGAAACCUGGUGAACAAGAAGAAGCUGCAGGCGGCAAGUCCAAUGACGAGCUUCAUCCAGAUGUGUCCCAGUCGGAAGAGGAUUUCAUGAAAAGUGAAAAAGAGGGGAUUCUACUAUGAAAUGCAAAAGCAUCGUACUAGUAUAAAUCGCAUGACAAAUUUCCUCAGCAUGAGAAAUGAAGUUUGUGAUACAGAUUUGCCUUGGGAACCAGAUUUGUAAUGCAAGAUUUGCAUUUAUACGAGUACGAUACUUUUGCACAGGAUAUCUACGCGUAACCGCCGAUGAAACGGAUGAGAAGGGCGAGAUGCCGAAAACCAUGAUUUUCAUAUGAAUUGGAAAAGUAUCGUACUCGUGUAAAUGCAUGACAAAUUCCCCCAGCAUGAGAAAUUGAGUUUGUAAUGCGGAUUGACCUUGAGAAAAAAAUUUGUAAUGCAUGAUAGCAAUUACUACGAGUGCGAUACUUCUGCACAGGAUAUUUCAACGUGAUCGGCAACGAGUGGAUUCAGUGCGUGGAAAAGAUGCGGUGCCGCCCGUUUCCGUUGGACAAAGUCAUCCCGAUCGAACCUACUUCAACAGGGAAUAAACAAGGAAGUGCGUCUACUACUUCUGGAAGCGCAGCAGCUUCUGCGACCGGCGGCGGAGAAUUAUCCACGGGGGAAAAUGCCGCGGGGGCCGCAAGUGAAGCGAACCACGAAGAUGGUGCGAAAGCCGGUGGUGGGGAAACAGCUUCUGCAGAGGACGGCAAAGAUCAAACUCCGCAAGAAACUACUACUACGUCGAAUCCCUGCGGCCCGACCUGCGUGAACGACGGAUCAGCGAGCAAGAAACACCUGCAAUGUCUCGUGCCGAAGGAUAAAUCAAGGAAGCCGGUUUGCGCCGACAAAUCCGCGGUCAGAGUCAUCAUACCCUACGAUCGGACGGGGCUGCGGGACCACACGGCCGCGCAACCGAUUCAGAACGGAAUGCUGCUGAAUAAGGUUUUCUUGUGAAAAAGAGAAGAGGAGAGUCGACAGCUCCUACUUAUACAAGAAAGUAACAGGUGGAGAACAGUAUAGUUGUAAGCGUUUAAUAUGUUUGCUGUAAGCGAGAAGUUUACAACGCCGGAGCUGCCUUUGAUAAUCUUGACCCCAUGUACGAUGAAUACGUAAAACGAAAACACUCCUAAAUGGCUUGUUGAUGCGUAGGUGUACUGCGUCUUCUGCUGUAGGUGAUAGGUAUUACCAAACGCAACCGAGGAGCUGGAUGUUUCCGAGAAAGAACCCGUACAGCUUGUGUGGAUCAUUUCUGUGUGACGCAAGCCUGAG